AUUUUUUACCCAAAACACCCUUUUCAGAAAAGCUACUGAUCCUAUAAAAUGGAGAUGAAGUUUCUCACAUCAGAUUUUUUUCUUUGCGCCUAACCCUUGGGGUUUGUAGAGAGAGAAUUUUUUUUUUUUUUAAUUAUUUCUAAGUAAUUUGUUACUCUGUUCGUCCUAAAACGUUUGAACUUUCUCACUAUUUCAUCCCCAAUUUCUAGAGAAAAUUAGUUUUGUAGGGUUAGGAGGGUGAGGAAUUUCUGAAAUUUGUGUUGAAAAAAUCCCAGAAAAAUUGUUUUGAUUUUCCCACCCGCGUCAAAUUUUUAUCCCUUAAAUAUAACAAUUUUGUACAAAAAAAAUUACAUACAUUUCUAUAAUCUUAUGCCUUUAUUUUGAUCGCAUUUUAAAAAAAUUGUUUUAUAUUUACUUGUGUAGAAUUUCUAGGGUUCUUCAAUACUUGAAAUACAAAUUACUGGAAAAAAACAGAGAGUUUUUUCAAAUUUGUUUGAUUUUCUAUCUGGGAUUUUGUUGAAUUUUUCUGGGUCGAGUUUAGAUUUUGAUUUAGGAUUAUAUAAGAAAAAUGGACAAGAAAAGGGUUGCUGUUCCUCUUGUUUGCCAUGGCCAUUCUCGCCCAGUGGUGGAUCUGUUUUAUAGUCCAGUUACACCAGAUGGGUUCUUCCUCAUCAGUGCUAGCAAGGAUUCUACUCCAAUGCUUAGAAACGGGGAAACCGGAGAUUGGAUUGGAACUUUUGAGGGUCAUAAAGGUGCUGUAUGGAGUUGUUGUUUAGAUACUAAUGCUCUUUAUGCAGCAACUGCAUCUGCGGAUUUCACGGCAAAAGUAUGGGAUGCUAUAACUGGGGAUGCAAAGCAUUCAUUUGAGCACAAGCACAUUGUUAGGUCUUGCGCUUUCUCAGAGGGUGCUAACCUUCUUUUGACCGGUGGGAUGGAAAAAGUCCUUCGCAUCUAUGAUCUGAAUCGUCCAGAUGCUUCUCCUCGAGAGGUGGAUAAAUGUCCUGGCUCAGUCAGAACUGUUGCCUGGCUUCACAGUGAUCAAACUAUAUUGAGCUCUUGCACUGACAUUGGUGGAGUUAGAUUAUGGGAUGUGAGAAGUGGUGAGAUAGUCCGAACUCUCGAUACAAAAUCAUCUGUCACCAGUGCUGAAGUGAGUCAAGAUGGCCGCUAUAUUUCAACAUGUGAUGGCACCAGUGUUAAGUUCUGGGAUGCCAAUUAUUUUGGAUUGGUCAAGAGCUAUGAAAUGCCAUGCACCGUUGAAUCUGCCUCAUUAGAGCCCAAGUAUGGAAACAAAUUUGUUGCUGGAGGGGAAGAUAUGUGGGUCCGAGUGUUUGAUUUUCAUACUGGAGAAGAGAUAGCUUGCAACAAGGGUCAUCAUGGUCCUGUUCAUUGUGUGCGAUUCUCACCGGGAGGGGAAUCAUAUGCCUCUGGAUCAGAAGAUGGAACAAUCAGGAUAUGGCAGACAGGUCCUUUAACACAGGAAGAAAAUGAGACAGUAGCUGCUACCACUGCCUCCACUGGAAAGGUUAAGGCCACUGGUAGUGGUGCAGAGGAAGUUUCGCAGAAGAUGGAAGGCUUCCACAUUGCUGAUGAGGGGAAGGCCAAGGAAGAAGUAACAAAUGCAUAAAUAGAGGGUCAUAAAAUAAUGCUGCCUUUAGAUUCUUUACUCUGGGUUUGUCUGGUUUUCUCUUAUAACUGAAACCUCAGACAAUAUGCUUUAAUAGACACCCGGGAUGUUUUUGUAUAAUUUAAGGUUAACUUGUAUGAGUUCUAUUUGGAGUGCUUCAUCAUCGUAUCUUUUCUGAGAAGAAAAUGUGUAAAGAGGAAUUUGUUGUAUCAUUCCUUUUAUUACUAUCGAGUCUGUUGACUACUGGAAGAAUGCAGUAUGAUGCUGAUAUGAUGAGAGUAGUGAUAGAUGUAUCCCAGAGAUACAAGUAUACUUAACUGGUCCAAUUUCAACAAUUUCUGAGAAUGCAGUAUGAUUCUGAUAUGUGGCCAUUUCAAA